AAGAGAGAGAGAGCUUAAGGACAUCCUUUUUAGAGAGAGAGAAUCGUCGUACACCUCUCUCUCUCUACACAGAAACAAAGCAACGGCUCACAAUCGGAAAACCUCUGCCUCGUACCGCCACCAUCCAUUUCCUCGUACAAAGAAACUCUCUUUCUUUUGGUUUUAUCGCAUUCCUCGCUCCGGGAAAUGCCGACCACUACCGGCUCCUCCGGCGGAAGCCCCGCCGCGCACCACCGUCGCCAUUUGACAGAGUUCUUCAGCGGCGCCGAGAAAUUGCCGGAUCACGGGCAGACCCAUUCCUCCAGCGACGCCGACGAUUCGGAAUACAGCAAUGGCGGUGGAAGGGCCGCCGGAGGCGGCGGCGGCCACCACCCGGCCGUGCGGUACCUGUUGGUGCGGAAAAGGGUGCCGGAGAAAAUCAUCUUUAGAGGGGAGGAAAUAUUGUUCAAUGUUCUGACGGCGAUGCAGUGUUUCAGAUCGAGGAAGAAUACGCGGCGGUCGGUGCUCGGGAUGCUGCUGGCGAUGGUGGUGGUUUCGGCGUUUGUGAAAUUCUCGUUCCUGAAUAAUGGAAAUUCCGGCGAGGCUAACGACGGGAUGAUGAGGAUGUCGGAGAGGGGCCCACCAUUGGUUCUUCAGAAUUUCAUGAAUGAUUGGUCAAAUGCUCAGAGGGUAGUUUCUGAAUCUCAGUCUUCUUCUUCUUCAUCUUCUGCGUCAGGGGAUGUUGUUCUGAAACGCCAGAUGAAGGAAGUUUUUGUCCCUGAAAUAUGGACGAAACCAAAUAGCGAAAACUACUAUCCAUGCAUUGCUCGAUCAAUGAACGAAAUAAGGAAACCUUCAAGAAAUGGCUUUAUUUUAGUUCAUGCAAAUGGAGGAUUAAAUCAAAUGAGAACCGGGAUAUGCGAUAUGGUCGCGAUAGCUAAAAUUCUAAACGCAGUUUUGGUUCUUCCUUCCCUCGAUCACGAUUCAUUCUGGACUGAUCCAAGUGAGUUCAAGGAUAUCUUUGAUUGGAAACACUUCAUUGAAGCAUUGAAAGAUGAUAUCGAAAUAGUUGAAGCUUUGCCAGCAAAGUAUUCUGCGGUGGAGCCCCUUGUUAAGGCUCCAGUAUCUUGGUCACAGACCAGUUACUACAGAGGAGAGAUUCUGCCAUUACUGAAGAAACAUAAGGUCAUCAAAUUCACACACUCAGACUCUAGGCUUGCUAACAAUGGCCUACCGGUCUCGAUCCAGAGGCUUCGUUGUCGUGCAAACUAUGAGGCUCUUCGGUAUGCACCCGAGAUCGAGGAACUUGGAAGAAAACUUGUCAACAGACUAAGGCAAAACGAUGAUCCCUACAUUGCUCUUCAUUUAAGGUAUGAGAAGGAUAUGCUUGCAUUUACGGGAUGCAGUCACAAUCUGAGUGAAGCGGAGGCAGAGGAGCUUCGCAUUAUGAGGUACAACGUGCAGCACUGGAAAGAGAAAGAGAUAGACAGCGAAAAGAAGAGGCUAAUGGGAGGAUGCCCUAUGUCCCCGAGAGAGGCUGCAUUGUUUCUUAAGGCAUUGGGUUACCCCUCGAACUCAAAAAUAUACAUUGUUGCGGGGGAAAUACAUGGGAACAACAGCAUGGAUGCAUUCCGCUCAGAAUACCCCAACGUGUUUACGCACUCAACACUCGCAAUGGACCAAGAAUUGGAACCUUUCAAGCCAUAUCAGAACCGCCUUGCUGCCUUGGAUUACAUUAUUGCCCUUGAAAGUGACAUGUUUGUUUAUACAUAUGAUGGGAACAUGGCAAAGGCAGUACAAGGGCAUAGGAGGUUCAAAGGUUUUCGAAAGACAAUUAGCCCAGACAGAUUAAACUUUGUAAAUAUGAUAGAUUUAUUGGACAAGGGAGAAAUUUCUUGGAGUGAGUUUUCUAGUGAGGUUAAGGCCUUACAUUCCAACAGGCUUGGAGCGCCUUACCUUAGAGAAGCAGGAGAAUCGCCAAGAUUAGAAGAGAACUUCUAUGCAAAUCCUUUUCCUGGUUGUAUAUGUACAUCUGAUGAAAAUCAGAGCCUAGAAGUUGUUUCACAAAGAUAGGGGUUAUGUUUCAUGUGAUGUUUAGUCAUAGGUUGUAAAUCACACAGACACCAUUAUAGUACAAAGUUUGCUUAUAUACUUAUAUAAGUAGUGGUUUAGAUACUUGCCGGUACCCCAGGGGUAAAAGGGGAAGGAAAGAAUAUCAAUGCAAUUUUUCCUGUCAUUAGUUUGAUUCGUUAGCUGAUGCAUGAUGGAUCAAGAUGACAAGAUGCACAUAUAUACCAAGGGUUUGUUUCAAUUCAUGUCUUCUUUUGUAUAUUCCUCCUUUGUGUAGCUAAGUUUUUGUGCUCUACAACCAUUUUUGUCUAAGCAUUUAUGGCUUUACGC